UAAUUUUCCAGUGUAAAACAUCAACGCUGCCAUUUUCGUUUUGUGGCACGGUUAUAGCGGCAGUUUAAGUGAAAUAUCUCUAAAAUAUCUACAUUAAAUAAAUUUUACAUUAUAGUGCACGGAAUAUUACAAAGUGUUCGUUUGUUGGAGUGUUAAAACAUAACAUCUUGAAGUGUGUGCCGUCCGACCGAGUAAUUGUUGACUUCCUUGGGUGGAACUGUGAUGACGAGGUAGGAGCGGGCGGCGCGCAGCAGCAUGCCGCUGCCCAAGCGCUGCGUGGAGCCGGUGCACGUGUCGCGCGGCACCGUGCCCGAGCGCCUCGCCGUGCCCUCCGAGCUCGAGGCCGUCACCAACGGCACCCUCGCCAACACCGUCAGACAGCUGUCGUCGCUGUCGAAGCAUGCGGAGGACAUGUUCGGCGAGCUGACGCGCGAGGCGACCAGCCUGGCCGACCGCACUAACGUGUUGCAGGCAAGGAUAGACAGGCUCGCCAUCAAGGUCACGCAGCUCGACUCCGGCGUUGAGGAAGUGUCGCUGCAAGACAUCCAGAUGCGCAAGGCGUUCCGCUCGGCGCGCUCGUUCCAGCAGCAGCUGUUCUCGCGCAGCACCAUGCCGUCCGCGAUGCUCGCGACGUACGCGCGCUGCGACCGCCCGCCGCCGCUCGAGCGGCUCAACGAGUUCCGCGACGACGGCCGCGACGCGCGCAAGUUCUACACCGACCCCGACUACUUCUUCGAGCUGUGGCGCCGCGAGAUGCUGCAGGACACCGAGCGCAUCCAGCACGACCGCGGGAAGAAGGUCCGGCAACCCCGCAGCAACAACGCCGAGGGGCGCGGCACCCGGCGCGUGCGCGUGCCGCACUCCACGCGCGACCGCCAGAAGGCGGAGGUGGUGACGCGCGGCGAGCACAUCAUGUCCUCCAACCAGCUGUGCCGGUACAACAUCCAGCAGUACCGCCCCGACCCGCUCUAUCAGACUACGACAGUGCCGGACGGCGGGUACCGAGCGCCCGCCAGCCGGCCGGCGUCGCAGCCCGCGCGCCCCAACUCCAUCGAGAUAGAGAACCAGCAGAACAGGACGCCGCGCCUCACCGGCAACGGACACAUAGUGGGCGAGGAGAGUCCAUACGGGCCGGUGGAGCCCAUCUACGGCGGCAGCAUCGCGGGCACCCCCCGUCGCGCGCGCCCCUCCAUCCCCCCGCCGGCGCCACCCGCGCCUCUGCAGCCGGACUCGCCACAGCACCAUACGCCCACCAGGUCGUCCCUCCCGCCGCCGCCGCCGCCGCCCGAGGGCUCGACGUCGCCGCCCGCCAUGAACGGCGCGUCGCCGCCGCACCGCACGGCGCUGGACGCGCACCUGGACCAGAUGCACGCCGUCAUCGGCAUGAUGUCUGUGGAGGCGCUGCCGCCGCGCGCGCCCACGCCGCCGCCCGCGCCGCCCGCGCCGCCGCCGCCCGAGGAGGAGCGGCCGCGCCCCCCGUCGCCCGCGUCGCUGCUGCGCGGCGCCUCCGCGCUCAAGCCGCCGCGCCCCGCCGCCGACCCCGCGCCCGACCCGCGCUCCGACCUGCUCAAGGCGAUACGAGAAGGUAUAAAACUCCGCAAAGUGGACAAGCGCGGCGAGGACAGCGCGGGCAAGUACGACACGUUGCGCGGCGUGCCCGCGCUGCACGACGUGGCGUCCAUCAUCGCGCGCCGCGUCGCCGUCGAGUUCAGCGACACCAGCUCCGACAACGACUCCGACUCCGACGACUCCGCGCAGUGGACCGACUCCCGCGCGUGACGUCGCGCCUCCCCGCGCCCGCUGCGCGACGACAACCCCGACAACGCCGACAACGCCGACACCAACCCAGCGGACACAGAACAGAAGCAAACUGAAG